CCUCAACAACAGAAAAGAAAGAGGAAGCCAGCGAUCUCUCACACAGAGGAACAGUUCUAGAGAGAGAGAGAGAGAGAGAGAGAGAGAAAGAGAGAAGCAGUUCUAGAGAGAGAGAGAGACGCCGGAAGAAAGAUUCCGUCGUAUUUUUGGAGUCUUCUGCGAUCUUGGCGGCAAUCGGAGGCGGGUGGGUGUGGUAUUCGGAUCGCGGCAGCGACUUUCGGGCGGAGGAAGAGCAGGAGGGAUGGUGAAUUAUAUGGUGGAACGCGCCACGAGCGACAUGCUUAUCGGUCCUGAUUGGGCCAUGAACCUCGAUAUCUGUGACAUAUGCAACCACGACCCUGUGCAAGCGAAGGAUGUUGUUAAAGGUAUAAAGAAGCGCCUUGGAAGUAAGAAUUCAAAAGUUCAACUUCUUGCCCUUACACUGUUGGAAACAAUAAUAAAGAAUUGUGGAGACAUUGUUCAUAUGCAUGUAGCAGAGAAAGACCUCCUCCAUGAUAUGGUUAGAAUAGCAAAAAAGAAGGUACCGGACUAUCAUGUCAAAGAGAAGAUAUUGAUCCUGAUAGAUACCUGGCAAGAAGCUUUUGGGGGACCGAGAGCAAGAUAUCCACAAUACUAUGCUGCAUACCAGGAUUUGUUGCGUUCUGGAGCAGUAUUCCCUCAAAGAUCUGAAUCAUCUGCGCCUGUAUUCACACCACCCCAGACACAACCAUUGUCAGCAUUUCCUCAGAAUUUGCAAAAUCCAGAUCGUCCGAGAGAUGUAGCUGAGCCUUCUGCAGAGGCUGAGUUCCCAACCUUGAGCUUGACGGAAAUUCAGAAUGCACGGGGUAUCAUGGAUGUCCUGGCAGAAAUGCUAACUGCAAUAGAUAACAAAGAGGGGCUUAGACAGGAGGUGAUUGUUGAUUUGGUUGACCAGUGCCGAACAUAUAAGCAGAGGGUGGUACACCUUGUUAACUCGACUGCGGAUGAAUCACUUCUGUGUCAAGGGCUGGCGCUGAAUGAUGACUUGCAACGUCUUCUAGCCAAACAUGAAGCCAUUGCUUCUGGAAAUCCAGUUCAGCCGGAUAAACCCAAGCCUGCAGCUAACGGAGCACUUGUAAAUGUUGGUGGUCCUCUAGUUGACACUGGAAAUGACAGCAAACAGCCUGAUGGGAGAUCCGCCUCAAGUUCCGGUUCCGGUGCUAAUCCACUUAAUCAGUUAUUGCUUACUGCCCCUCCAACUACUAAUGGUUCAACUUCUACUGCAAAGGCCGAUCCCAGGAUGGAUCUUCUUAGCGGUGAUGACUUUGUCUCACCAAAGGCAGAUGCUUCAUUGGCUCUUGUUCCUGUGGGACAACAGCCAACAACUCCUAUUAAUCAGCAGAAUGCCCUUGCUCUUAUCGACAUGUUUGGCACUGAGAAUGUCCCGAACCCUGUGAACACCCAUCCUACUAAUGCAGCCAGCCAACCCAAUCCUUCACCCCCGCAAUUCCCACAGCAGCAGAAUUUUCAAUCUCCACAAGCAGGAUUUCUCCCGAACGGAAAUGGCCCAAUUAUGGGGGUCCCUCAGUAUGAGCAGUCUCCAUUCGCACAUGGUGCUGCUCCUGCCUGGAAUGGUCAGAUGGUGCAGUCGCAACCACUGCAGCAGCAGCCGGCUUCACCAGGCUAUGGUUCACCAACCAGUGGAUCAUUGCCACCACCUCCCUGGGAAGCUCAGUCAAUAGAUGAUGGCAGCCCAGUAGCAGGUUCUCGAUUCUCUCCACCCCCACUGCAAGUUACUACCAAGGUGGUGGUCAAUUCACCAGGUGGUUUCCAUCCCCAGGGACCUCAUAGCGACCAGGUUGUAGGUAUGUAUAUCCAGCCAAUUACAACUACCCAUUUGUCAGCAAUCAAUAACCAGGUUGGUCCUAGCAAUCAUUUGGGUUUGCCCUCUUCACCGGUCCAAGGGCCAUACACGGGUAUGACUCCACAAGCUAUUCAAGCAGGCCAGAUGACAUCUAUGUAUCCUCAACAAAUGUAUGGUGGUAAUCAACUAGUCCCCUACGGCUAUGAUCAACAGCAGCAACAGCAUCAAGCAUACGCCCUUCAGCAACAGCAACAGCAAUAUCAACAACAGCAAGCCUACGCCCUUCAGCAACAGCAGCACGCAUACGCCCUUGAGCAACAGCAACAACAGCAAUACGCCCUUCAGCAGCAAAUGUACGGUCUUUCCGUAAGAGAUGGUAAUGGUAUGAAAAACCCCUACCAGGUUUCUGCUCCAUCUUACGUUCCACCAAGCAAGCCAUCCAGGCCAGAGGAUAAGCUAUUCGGAGACCUCGUUGACUUUGCAAAAAUGAAGCCAACAAAAACGACGCCUGGCGCAGCUGGUAGCGUCUGAAGUUAUUAUCGGUUUUCACCCUUUUUCCUCCUUUAUUUUGGCCAACAACUUAAUUUUAUUUUUGGUUUCUUUUCACGUUCUUUUUCAAUUUUGGUAUUUUUUCUCGAUAUAUAUAUAUAUAAUUUUUUUGUUUGUUGGGCAUUUGACUCCGUAAUCUGGGUUUGUGAUUGGGAACGUGUACAUUCUUUGUAGAAAAAAACCCCGAUAAAAAUGGGAGACCUCCAUGCGAUUUAGAGAUUGAAUUUUAUAUGAGAUCUGCAUUUUUUUUUGUA